AAAUGAAUGUGGUUCUGUAGUAGCCAGUUGUUAAUGUGGUUGUGUAGUAGCCAGUUGUUGAUGAUAUUAUUCAAUUUCAUUUUUUUUUUUAGAAAUAUCGGAAAAUGACUUUAUGUUUUUAAAAACGGAUGUCUCAAGUUGGUAUGACAGCCACAACUCAAGUAUUAGUAUGUUCAAAGUGUUGUUUAGAAAUAAGAUAAACAAUGAUGAACUAUCAGAAAUUAAAGAUACAAUGGAGUUGUUGAAUAAAUUGGAGUGCUCUGAUAAUUUGAACACAGCAGAUCUUACUCUUUUGUAUAACACCAUCAAGAUAACACAACAUUUUGGGUUAAUACGACGGAUCUCAAAACAUAUACCGGCAAACUCAUUGCCGGAUGUUAAGAAAAUGCCAAUUUCAGAAUUCAGUGAGAAAAGGCAAAAACUAAUGAAAUUUGGGAAUGUACUAACUAAAAAGGGUGUGAGGUUGAUUAAUGGAUUGUAUAAUACUCCUCUCCAGAAUUACGAAAACAGCUGGAGUAUGAUUAUUGAUCUAGAAGAAAGAGACAUUAUUAGUGAAGGCGAAACUAUGAAGACAUUUAUUGAGAAUUUGGAAAAGCUUGAUCUUCCUCUGGCUGUGAAAGCAUUAAAUGAAGAGGCUGUACAUCACCCGAGACCAACUAAACCGAAGUAUGAAGAGGCUGUAAAGCACCCAAAACCAACUAAACCCAGGUCUCAAGCUACAACUUCAAGGCCCAACAGCAAGCGACCAAACAAAACUGAGUCUCGAGACGAGCCUAAACCCAAAAUUACACGUGUUCAAUCCGAACCAAGUCCUGAAAUCACUCAUCAAGAGUAUGUCCAACUAAAGUUUGUUGUGUCAAAGCACUGGAAUUAUGGAAGUAUUAAUAUGCUGAAAGUUUUACUAAGACAGUUUGUGUCACAAGUAGGUCAGGCAGAGUUACAGAACGCCAGAGAUGUAAUGGGUUUACUUAGAUUAUUGGAGGGAGUAGGUGUGGUCAACCGUUCAAACCCUGCAAUCAUUUUUGAAGCUGUUAAAAUUUGUCACCUUGAGGGGGUAGAAUCAGAGAUAAAAAAAAAUCUGUCCUACAUUCGAAAGUUUUACCCUAAAAAAUGUGAAAAUACGCAUAUUUUCCCGUUAUCGUCAAAAACUUAUCAAAUUUGGCAAAAUAUUGAAAACGUCUCCUGUUAAGACGAUUGGUGAAAUGCACAAAAUUGACGUGAGUGUACACAAAUGGGAUCCGUGGAUUUUAAUAUGUGUACUGGAAGAAGAAAAUGUAAUCAAACAUAAUUCAGCGAAGGAAUUUGUUGAAUUAUUAAGGAAGUACAAUAUGAAUGAUGAAGCGGAUAUAUUAGGCAGUAAAUUAUAAGCUGAUUGUCCAUCACUAAAGUGAUAUACUUGUGGCGUACUAUUUAAAAUUUUGAAAACAUUUUCUGAAAUUAAUCAGUUUUAUAACAAUUUUAUGUUGAAACGCAAACAGAAUGUAAAUAAUCAUAGCACGUUUUUUUUUUUUAGCAUUGUGCUAUGUUUAAUGUAGUGAUACCUGUGUCAGUGAUUUUUUGUAGGCCUAUGUUGCAUUACGUUUUGUAAUAAUUGUGUGAAUAUUUUCAAUAAAAAACAAUUGUUUUUAGUUGAUUUGAAACAAGCUUAAUAGAUAGAGUUAAGAAGGUAAAAAACUAAGCUGUAUACGAUAUCGAAUAUAUGAAACGUGUAGGCUGCCGGCACCUAGCCUCUGACGAUUAGUGCCAAAAAUUUUUCACAAAAACGUGAUGCAAUAAUGACAAAAUUAUUAUUUUUUAUUUUCGCUAAAUAUUUCAUCCGCUCCAAAUUGCUUUCCUAUUCUUCU